GAACAUGAACAAGUGGGGGGAGGGGUACAUCUGUUUCUUUUCCUCUUCCUGAUGGACAGAAGGCUGUGUAGGCUUGAGUAGGAGGGAAGGAUGGGCUCUCUCUUGCACCAUGCAAGCUGGCAGCGGUUCGUUGUCCCUUCCCUUGUUCAUCACCCCACACUUUCUCCUCACUAUAGGAGUGAUGCUGAAUACUCUCAGUGCCUCAAACAAAGUACAAAAUGGAGUAGAGGAAGAAAAAUAUCCUCUUAAGAUGAUGAAAAAGAAUUACAUUUAUGGCAAUACCAAGCAUAAAGUGGAUGUCUAUGUCAAGGUGCACAGAAACAGCCCUUAUCUUGUCUGCAUGGAUUUGUCUCUUUCACAAAAUGAAGUCAUAGACCCUACCUACCUAUGGAUUGGACCAGAUGGACACACACUAAACAGAAAAAGGCAUGUGAAUCUCACAGCAACUGGAAAGUUGAUGGUGCUCAGUUUUAGAGAAGAUAUGUCUGGAUCUUAUACUUGCACCCUUACAUACAAAGUUUUCCAAAAUGACAUGGAAUCAGAAGAAGAAAUGUAUAGGACAUAUAAAUUUAUGGUUUAUGCAUAUCGGGAACCAGACUACACUUUUCGAAUGUCUGUUCACUUUUCAACAAUACAGUGCAGCCUAGCAGCAAAUGAACAAUUCUUUGAAGAGCUGAAGAAAAUCUUGAACAAUCUAAUUUCCUACCUGACGUGCCACAUUACUGACCCAUCGUACAAGUGUUACUCCGUCAAGCAACCAAACCGUGGGCUGGUAGAUGAGCUAUUUAUUCUAUUUCAAGUGAACCCGUUUGCCCCUGGUUGGGAUGUUAUGUGCCACCACUCUACCCCUGACUGUGAAGAUGUGACCAACAACCAUAUUCAAAAGGCUCGAGUGCUUAUUGAAGAGUUUUUCCGCAGCCAGGUAACCAUCCUAAGGCAUGAGUUCCAGAACAUGCCAGCAAUCCAUUACAAAGAACAUAGCUUCCAAGUCACUCGUCUAGACAACUGUUGGCCAGGAUUUGGGAAAAAUGACAUCACCCAUAGCGACUGCUCAAACUGCUGUGUGGCCUGUGAUCCCGGAACCUACAGCCCAAACAAUGAGGUGGUUUGCCGUAAAUGCACAAACAUUCGGAUUAUACACUAUGGAGCAAAAUCUUGCUAAAUAAAAUCAAAAUAAAAACAUUGAUUG